UGCUGCCCUUUGCGUGUGGCUGUCCGUUGCGUGUUGCGUCGUCUCUGAUCUGUGCGCGAGGAUGAAGGAAGCGGCGGUGGCGGCCGGCGGUCCCGGCGCCGCCCCCGUGCCUGGCUUCCUGGCCAAGCUCUGGGCCCUGGUGGAGGACCCGGGCACCGAUGAUGUGAUCGCCUGGGGCCGGGGUGGCCAGAGUUUUUGCAUUCUGAAUGAGCAGAGGUUUGCUAAAGAACUACUUCCCAAAUACUUCAAACACAACAAUAUCUGCAGCUUCAUACGUCAGCUCAAUAUGUAUGGGUUCAGGAAAGUGAUUGCCUUGGAAAAUGGUAUGAUUACAGCAGAGAAGAGUGCAGCCAUUGAAUUCCAGCACCCUUUCUUUAAACAAGGGAAAGCAAACCUACUGGAAAACAUCAAACGAAAGGUGUCUGCAGUGAGAGCGGAGGAUCUCAGAGUCUGUUCGGAAGAUUUACACAAAGUGCUUUCUGAAGUCCAGGAAAUGAGGGAGCAACAGAACAACAUGGAUGUCAGACUGGCUAGUAUGAGGAGGGAAAAUAAAGCCCUGUGGAAAGAAGUGGCUGUUCUAAGGCAGAAGCACAGCCAACAACAGAAGCUACUGUCUAAGAUCCUUCAAUUUAUACUAAGUUUGAUGAGUGGAAACUAUAUUGUGGGAGUCAAGAGAAAAAGAUCUCUACCAGAUGCCUCAGGUGCCUCACCUUCCAAAUUCAGCCGGCAGUAUAUUCACCUACCUGUGGAGCAUGGCAAUGCGGUGGCUAUUUCUGAACAUGAUCCAAACAGUGAAAAUGAUACAGGCAUCAUUAUUCAAGAUAUCACCAACACUGUGGAUGAUGCCACUGAUGGGCUGCUCGCUCUAGUGAAUACAAGUGGAAGUGAUGGAGAGCCCCAGACCGGUCAAGAACAGGAUCUGCCUGUCUGCGAAGCAUCACAGUCCAUUGAAUUAAGUCAUACAGAACCAGACUGUCCAGCCCAAGUUGCUGACAAUCCCCUCGAGUCCAGUGCAGUAGGAAAUGAUGCUGUAGAGCUGCAUUCUGCACAAAUUAAUGCUCCCGAAGAUCCUGCAUCAGUGAUUGAUUCCAUCUUGAAUGAGAGCAACUCCACUACUCAAAGCGAUGCUUUUCUGGAGAGGGAAGAGAUUCAGGAUUUUCUGAAUUGUAUUGAUGCCAGUCUUGAGGAGCUCCAGGCAAUGCUGUCUGGGAAGAAAUUUAACUUUGGCUCUGAAUCCUUUAGUGAUACUUUCAAUCCUGAGCUCCCAGCCCUGGACACGAACUUGACAGAUGCUUCAUCCAAUAUGGAAAAUAUUGAGGACUUGACGGACAGCGUUGAAGAGCUAGGAACAAGUGAGCAGGAAACAGGCAACAAAGACAUGCAGUUGAUACAAUACAGGGGCAACCCUCUGCUUUCGUUAUUCGAAGAACUGCCUUCUGUUGAAGGUGCAGGGAAGAUGGAGGAUCCUAAAGAUCUUCUCCUGUCCUCACUGGAGGAGAAACCCGCUAUCUCUCUUCCCUCAAGUAGCGAAGCAGCUUCACCACUGGCAGCUCCAGCAAACCAGGCUGAAUCCCUCGAUACCUUGGAACUGUAUGAUCAGCCUCUGCUUUCAGAAGACGGAAAUGGAGAGUAUAAAUUAUUUCCCCUCCUGCUUCUCAGUCCUGUUGCUAACUUUAUAGACGAGGCCUCUGAGAUAGAAACUGCUUGAGAACUUGCACAAAAUCUUUGUACUGUCAGCUUCCUGGUGUAAAAUAUAGAGAUGGUACAAGGGUCAGUGAGAAGAAGCUUCUCUUCCCUUCCCCUCACCUCCCCCCCGAGCCUAAUAUGCAAAGAUAAUGGAAGGUCUCUUAAAAAUGCAAAAGCAGUUCAUGCGAGAAGCUGAAAGCAAUGUCAAAACAAGAACUGCACAGCACUGAAGGCAUUUGGAAGAGGAGCAAAUGUCACCAAUAUAUUGCACUGUAAUAUGUAAAAAAAUUUAUAUUGUUGCAAAAGGAAAUCUGUAUCCUAUUGUAAAGUUGGGCUGUAUUUUUUUAUUUUAAGCUGUCCUGUCACAUCCUAUUGACUAUUGCAACGUGGGACUUACCUGUUCUGAGUCUCUUUCAUUAGGUGGCUUGUCUCUUGUUAGAACUAGAUUUUUUUAACAUUUUGAAAAGAUGGAAUAUAUUUUAUUUGUCUGCUGUUAAGAUUGUU